CCGCCCCAGCCGGGCGGAAGCGGCUCUCUGGCCUGCGCUUUAUAGGUCUCGCUUGUGCUUCCUGUUUCCUCUUUUACCGGGACCCGUCAACAUGGGCCGCGUCCGCACCAAGACCGUGAAGAAGGCGGCCCGGGUCAUCAUCGAGAAGUACUACACGCGCCUGGGCAAUGACUUCCACACCAACAAGCGCGUGUGCGAGGAGAUCGCUAUCAUCCCCAGCAAGAAACUCCGCAACAAGAUAGCCGGCUAUGUCACGCAUCUGAUGAAGAGGAUUCAGAGAGGCCCUGUCAGGGGUAUCUCUAUCAAACUGCAGGAGGAAGAGCGAGAAAGGAGGGAUAAUUACGUUCCUGAGGUCUCAGCCCUGGAUCAGGAGAUCAUUGAGGUAGAUCCUGACACCAAGGAGAUGCUGAAGCUUCUGGACUUCGGCAGUCUCUCCAACCUGCAGGUCACUCAGCCUACAGUGGGGAUGAAUUUCAAAACACCGCGUGGAGCCGUUUGAGUCUGUUCUGUCAUUUUCAAUAAACCUGGAAACAAC